AUGAGAUCCGGGAAGUACCUGGACGAUAGGAAAUCUACCUCUAAGCAAGCCCGUAUAGUCCUUCAAUUCAAGUCCAAAAGCUGCUUCAAAGGGCUGACCAUGGAGCAAUUGGGAACGGAUGGGAUCGAGCAUCCGGAAGUAUUCGAGAAAGACAUUGCCACCCACGUUGUCACCGGGAUCGAGUAUGGAGCCGACGCUUUCUUCAUUUUUGACCGGGAAGUCUCCUCUAACGAAACAGUUCGAGAUGUGGAAGGGAAAUUGAAUGCUGUCUUCGAAAAAAUCAAGGGAUUACCAAUAAAGGGAGAGGCGACAGCCACGGUGAAGGAAAAGGAAAAGUUAGAAACAUAUCAACUUCGCUGCAAAUAUUAUGGUGACAUUCUCCUUGAGAAAAAUCCAACCACAUUCGAGGAAGGCCUACAAAUAUUCCAAGAACUCCCGGUUCUAUCCAAGAAAGAAUUCAAGGCCAAAUUUCAGCAGAAAAUUACUCCCAUCUUGAAGACGGUUCGGGCCUGCGGCGCAGAAGAAGUUUCUCUCUCCAAAAUCGUGGAGCAAACAAUAGCUUCCUCUUUAAAUAAUGAGAAUCUCUCCGUCUGGCUGAAAGGGAAAGAUGUGGAAAUAAAAACACUGGAAAAGUACCUGGAAUUCUUUGAAGAAGUCCCUGUUGCCUUUGCUCCAGGGGAUGUUUGCAUCAUUACUAACGAUCCGAAGAUCACAUGUGCCAUCUGUUUUGCUUUUGGUGUCGGUCCCAAAACGGAGCCAUUUUUAGAGCGAAUGUCUACAUACUUGAAGGAGGAGGGAUUGGACAGCUCCUCGUUGGGGAGAGAAACCCCGCAAUUUUGGUUUGAUGAUCUAGAAAUCAUGCAGGCCUUGCAGGCAGACACAAGUACUUUCUUAAGUUUCUUCGAAGCCAACAAGUCAAAGUGCAACCUCAAGUUCUUUGUGACUGAGAUGCAAUUGGAGAAGGCAUCUCACGAGAUCUUCCUUUACGAAAGCGGGGUUCGGAGCCGUUUCGUUCCACCCGGGAUACCCGGAGCACCUAAGGCUCUCGAGGUCACUAAGGACACAAUCCAGCUGUCCUGGGAGCCGCCCUGCCACGGAUUGGAAUUUGUGGAAGGAUACCAGGUGUCUUAUCGUCCACUCACGUGUGAUGACGAAUGGUUCGAGCACGCCGUUACAGAGAAUAUCGUUAAUGCUACUAUCAAGGACCUUAUUCCCAAUCGAAGAUAUGCUUUUCGGGUUCGAAGUGUUUGCAAGGUAGGAGUCAGCAGUUACAGUCCUGUGAGUGAACCAAUCCGGAUGAAUCCUCCAAAAGACAACCCGCUUUUUACGGCAAAUCACAUGGAUCAGCUCUUCAUUAAUGCCUCAUACCGACCUUGUUCUUUCCCAAGAAUAUGGCUUCUGGGGGAGAAGCUUCAGUUCUAG